AAGCAGUGAGGCGGAGGAAGCUCCCUUUUCAGCCCGCGCUGCAUCCCCGCUAUUGCGCCAUUUAAAAGGAACUAUAAAUGCUUACGUUCAUAUAUGUACACGCAGGAUGAACUUUUUUUUUGCCCCCUUUUUGCAUCACUAAUUUGUUCUUCAUUUUUUGUAACCCAUCGAACUCUUUUUCCGCAAACUUUUGUGCCAUGUUGUUUAUUUCCACUUUUUGCGAGGCAAACAAGCUGCGCUCUUCCUGCGUGCAACCCAAACGGUCACUAUAAAUCCCGCUGUUCAUAUCGAACAUGCUUUCGUGUGAGGAGCACCCCCUACACACACUUCCCCAAUUAGCCAUGUCAUGCGGACCACUGCAAAUGUGACAAUCUUAUGAACCACCUUUUUACGAAUAGUGAACCUCAAACCUGACACCUCCAAGGAAUGCGCUAAGCACGCGUUUGCUUUUGCCCACCCCUCUUCGCAGAGUGUAAAUACAGGCGUAAAUGCGUGUGUAAAAAAACGCGUAAAAAACGACUAAAAAAACCGCGUACCCCCUCACCUAUAUGAUCCCCUGGGGGAGAGCUAAACGGACGCAUAACACCCUCGUAAGGAAGAUGAAAGAACGCCUCUACUGCUCCGAACUCUUUGCCCAUAGAAGAUGCUUCAAAAAAUAAGUUGCCUUCCUUUAAUUGGGAAAAUCUGUAAGAACCACCAGAAGGCCACCUUUGCGUCUGUUCCGUUAGUAAACAAAAUUGUGCGCACAAGCAACUACUUCCGUUUUAGCAAUUUAGCAAAUAAAAAAGGCGAAGCGGUGAGCAACGUGCCGCAUGAUGGCAGUUCCUUUCUGCUCUUCGGGGACUGCACCGUCUAUCAUAAAAAGGGGUUAACUUACGAAAUGGGGCAUAGAAGAAGCGUCCAUUUGGGAAACAGCACUGAGUGUAUUAUCCCAACACAUGGCAUACGGAACAGCAUCAGAGGUAGACCCUGGGGAAGUGAGAGCCCCCAUCGGAGUGAAGACUCUGGAAAGGGAACACCCCCCACCAAUUCGAUACGCAGCGGAUGUGUAGAAAAAACACUGCAUUUUAGUUGGCUCAAAACUAUUAGGAAGAAACAGUACUACAAGAUUAUCGGAAAAAUGGGAGUUAAAAAAAGAAACGCUGGAAUGUACUGGAGCUUCUACGUCAACAAGAGGAAGAAAAUUAGAAAGAAGCGCAGGACUAUUUGA